GUAAAUCAUUUAGUAUAUUUUAGUAUUUAUUGUGUACAACUGUGGAAUGUAGUUGGUACCUACCUAUUAAAAAAUGUAAUAACAUUAUUCAAUAAUAUAAUAUUAUUAUUAUAAUGAUGUAUACCUACUAAUACAGUAUUACGACCGUUGCUGCCACCUCACCAUUCGGUAGAUCGUAUUCUUGAUUCCAGUUUAAGUAUAUGAUAAUAUUAUAAUACAGGUAAGUACAGUUGUACCCAUAUAAUGUCUGCCGACAAGGAAACGGUCCUCAGGCCGCACAAGAACAGUAGCCGGCGACAGACGUUCGAGAUGGCAGGUGGUGAAAGUGAGCGUGUCCGGCAGUCUACCACGCACGAGACUUACCGGUCACCUAAGACUGUUGACGAAAAACCGCUUAACGAUAAAGAGAGAAAAAGAAAAGAAUUUGAAGAAUAUUUGUGGAAAACAAUGACUGAAAAAGUAAUGAAUGACUUGGCAGCUAAAUCAAAGGCUUUUUAUGAUCAAAAUAGACAAUUUGAAACAACAUACAGCAGUACAUUUAAAAUCAAAGGGUUCAAACUAAAAGAAAUAGGAGAACAACUAGAUGAAGAACUAUGUGCCAAGUAUCCAUUGUACAACACAAACGGUAUGUCCGUGCCGGUUAAUAGGUACGAGUACGAUAAAGCUAAGCAACCCAUUCACAAGCCUUUGGCACAUCUAUUCAGAAAGGACAACCGGUUCACCAGUAGAAUGAGCAACCCCAACGAUUAUCAUGCUCCAGUUGAUCCAGCACAUUUUGCUUUUGUUUAAAAAAAAAGUAAAAACUGUACUUUGUUAUAGGUAUAUACCAAUUAUUUACUUUAUUAUUACAUUUUGCAAUAACCAUAAACAGUAUGGAUACCUAUGGAAAAUUAAUGUACCUACGAUUUGGCAGUACACUGAUAAGUUAAGUUAAUUUUAUAAAUUAUAUAAUAAAUUUCGUCUAGCUUAAAAUUUAAAUUGUUCAUUGUUUCGUAUUUAUUAGUGUCUUUUGGAUGACGAAGUUAGUCAAGGCUUCGUUAUCACAAGGAACUACUAUAUUAGACAGAAAGGGUGAUUAGUGAGGUCCUGAUUAUUAUUUUAUGAUAUACGCAUCACGCAUGCAUAUUACAUCAAAAUUUGAUCGGUGAGACAUCCAAUCUCGUCACGUGGUAAAAUUAUUUGACGUGGUACGGUAGUAUAAGAUUUAAUGAUUUAAUUU